AUGGAUCCCAAAAUUUGUGCUCCCCCACUUGCACCCCCCAUCUCCCCCAAAUUAACAGCAGUUUGGGUGUCAGUUAUUUUUUUAUCCAAAAUGCUUAUUCUAGCCAUUGGAGAUUUACAUAUUCCUGAAAGAGCGGUGGAUAUACCGCACAAGUUCAAGAAGCUUCUGCAACCUUCGGGGAGAAUUGAGCAAGUGUUGUGUUUGGGGAAUGUGACAAACUCCCAAUCCACCGUUGAAUUCUUAAAGUCGUUAUCUUUGGACUUCCAGAUAGUGAAGGGCGAAUUUGACCGAGAUCUGAAUCUCCCACUCUCUUUAGUGUUCACAUACGACAAACUCAGAGUUGGAUUGGUUAACGGUUUCCAAAUUGUGCCUAAAGCUGAUCCUCUAAGCCUCUUGGCUCAAGCAAGACUGAUGGAUGUUGAUAUCCUUAUUUACGGGUCGACUCACAAGGUUGAGGCAUACACUUUAGACGGAAGGUUCUUUGUGAAUCCGGGUAGUGCCACCGGUGCUUUCUCCAGCAGUAAUAUGGAUCAAGAAGACUUAGACACGGUUGAAGCUUUUAUCGAAGAACACAAAGUUAAAGAUACAAAGAAGGAAUCCACAGAUGCCGCGCCCGAGGAGACGGAAAAAAAGGACCAGGAGGAGGAAAAGGAAGAGAAACCAAACGACGAAAAUACCCUGGAAAUCGAAGAAUACAUGGAUCCCGUGCCUAGUUUCUGUCUAUUAGAUAUUCAAGGAUCAGUGUGUACCUUGUAUCUAUACACAUUGAUCGAUGGUGACGUAAAAGUUGACAAAAUUACAUAUCGCAAGGAGGAACAGGAAUGA